AGGGAUUUUCUCCAUGACACGAGUGCUGUAGAACUUAGUAGAGCAGAGCGCGUACACCGCGAUGCUUUGCAGUGUUGUUGAAAUUGCUCUGUACCUCGGUUUAAAAGUUAUUCUUGGUCAAGUACUCCACUCUGCGAAGAUUGUUAUCGUAGGUGCUGCACUGCCUCCUGGAGCAGAAGACGAGAUCGUUCUGAUAGAGCACCUCCCAGGUCGUCAGGUGCACCUCCAAGACUUCUUCUGGACAGGUGCUGAGGACGCUCCACCAUGGUUGGAUCCAGAUCAGACCCUCACCUUCUACGAGACCCGGACAAUCCAUCACACAGCGACAGUGUUCGUGCCUGGCGACGGAAUCGUCCCAGGGCAAAGCGAAAAUAUACCAAGUGUGGCACCCCAGGAACCGAGCUGCACAAAUUGCAUCGAGCCCACACCAACGCUGACUGACCCCGACCAGGACGUCGGUAUCCUCGUGGGUGAUGAUCCAGGUCCCAGGUACUGGUUACUCACUGUUCUUCGAUCUGGUGAAAGUGUACCGCCAAAGGUAGAGCUGAGAUUGGCUCGUUUAUACCGCGCCGCAUUUGCCAGACAGCAGCAACGUCAUCUUGGCCUGUUAUCCACCGAUCCCCGUUUACGGAGAGCCACCAAACGAAAAUUAAUUACCGAGAACACCGCAUUAAAAAAUCCAAACGAGUCCCUCGAAAGAAGCACAAGCCCCUCAUUAAUAACAGAGUCUUCAUCAACGAUUCAGCCAAAGAGGGAAAGCGUGCGAAUGAGAGAAGUCAAGAUCUCCAGUGAUUACAAGUUUUUGAUCGAUACCCCUGACAUCGACCAAACAACAGAAUCAACUUUGUUAGUUGAAACUCCUAGAGUUCCAUUUCAAGUUGAAGGACAUCAGAAAACUGCUAUCUCCUUAGAAACAACAGAAAUUACGUCCACCGAUGGCGUAUCAUCGACACCUAGAACUAUUGAACCCACAGAGAAAACUGUAGAAUAUUCUCCAUCGAUUGAAGAAUCGAGAAAUUGGGGGAAUCCCCAGUACUUGAUGAGCGCGAAAUCCGAAUUGUAUUCGAAUGUUGAUGAUCAGGAGGCAGUGAUGGAGGGUACAGUGCCGUUGGGAGAUGGAGAUGUGAUUAGAGUGAAGAAAACAGGAGAAUCUGGGGAGAAUGGUACAGAAGUGGUGAGGGAUCAGCAAUCGGGGAAGACGAAUUCAACGAAUUCGAGACUUCGGACAUCGGGGAUGGGAGUGGUCCAGGUGAGAAUGCAGAAUACGACAGUCCUGGAGGAUGGAUCAACGCGACUGAUUUAUUCAGUCCAUUUAGGUGGAAAACCAGUGCCAGCUGAGACAGCGGCCAAAGAUAUGGCACUGCUAUCAUCUCAGGAGGUGGCACUGGAGCUUGGAGCACCGGUGAUUAUUCAGAGUGAACCGUAUUUGAAAGAGUCAAGGCCAUUGGCACUAUCCAGGAGAAGAGAUGCUUGGCUACUCGUUGGAGCUGCUAGCAUGGCACUCAUUCUUCUCCUGAUUCUCGCUGGAAUUAUUCUGGCGCUCAAGAGGAAGAAGGCACACAGUGCUGUCUCUGCUCCACCAACCCAGAGUAUCUUGAAGAAGGCGAGAGGAGGAUACACUCCAACUACUCCAGGACUCGAUAACACGGGGUACACCUCCGAGACUGAGGGACGAACGGAAGGUACCAGCCAGAGACAGACGCCAGGGAGUAUUUCUAGAUCACCAGCGACGCCGAUUACUCCGGAUACUUUAGACGACGAGAUUCACGAGUUAUCCAGUGACAAUAACGACGAGAAAGACGAGGGGGAAAUAAAAAAGGACAGCCACGAGCACUGGGAUAUCGAGGAAUACCAAAUCUCAGGGAAAAAAUCGAGAGCUGGAAGACGAAGAAUGGCACGAACAAAUGCUAUAGAGACAGCUGGAAGUCCCGAUUCCCUGGAGACCGUGGUUGAUCACCAGAAGCAUCGGAAUUCUCUGGAAAACGGGUGUAUUCAUGUCCUGGAGGAGACAGCAUCGCCGCACUCGUACUUGUCAAUGCCAUCAUGCAAACUAUUUCCAAGUAUGCGUAGUGUCGAGCCAUUAUCCAGAAUUCUAGAGCCUGUUGUCGUGAGACACUUGGACAUGGAGUUUGAAACUCCCGAAAUGUCGAGGAGAGGAAAUGGAUUCAGUCACAGAGACUCCGGGGAUGAAUUAUUAGGGAGGACUAGAAGUGCACUUAAGGAUCCAGGAGUUGUUGGACCAAUUGUGUGGGAUCUCAGAAGACAAAGGGCUGUCGAAGAUAUAACUGUUUACAGAAAGCUUGACAUCAGAGACAGACGGGGAGCGUCAAGCCCCGUCGUCCGGACCAGUUGGUCGAGCAAGAAGAAGACUCCACGAGCUCCUCGAGGACUCGUUCAGUCUCUUCAGCACGAGAGAGAUAAAACAAAAAGACGCAGUACAAGUGUCUUCUACAUUGCGUCCGAAUUCAGCGGCAAUCGAUCGUGCUACGACGAGCUCGACGUCGAGAGGACAAUCCGCCCACGUAAGUCCCGUCGGGAGUCCCGUGGAUUACGAAAAAAAUCGUCCACGCACAUCGGUAAAUCGAGACGAGAUUAUCCCGGAAACCGGAAACGUCGGACCACCGGCGAGAGGUGCGUGGGGUUCGAGACCGAUGAGUGCGGGACCAUUUCACCGGCCAAAUUUACCAGAGGUAGACGUCACCAGAGUUCUCGCCGAUCCCCAAUUAGCACCAGAGGAUCCAGCAGUACCUCUGAUUGCCGCUAUUAGAAAAGAGCUAGAGAAAUUUACACCAGAGAGAGUUUAAUUAUCACGUUUAUGAGAUUAUCGUUGGAAUGUCGUGGAAUUUAUUUCGCCCGUCAAAAAUAAUAAUCCCUUUUUAUUUUUCAUUUGACGCGAGAAAUGAUUUUCACACGUCGAUCAAUCUCUCAGUGCAUGUAGAGUUCAAUUUAUUCAGUAUUUCGUACUUCAGUAUUUUUUGUAGCGAAUCUAGUGCAGAUAUUGUUGGAAACAUUGUAUCAUUGUAUAUAAGUCAUACUCUUCUUACUGGACUCAAAUAUUUUUCAAUACUUCGUGCAAGAUUAUUGGAAUAAAUUUUC